AUGGCCUCAACUGAAACUGCCGUUCCCUUGAACAAUCAGCAUGAGAUUGUCCGCCAAUUAGCAGACUUCCCAGAAAACAUUUGGGCUAAUUGCAUCGCUUCUUUCACUCUCGAUAAGCAGGGAUAUGAAAUGUGUGCCAAAGAAAUUGAAAUGUUAAAGGAAGAAGUGAGCAGGCUUUUGGCAAUUGAAAAACCCAUGAUGGAGAAAUUCAAUCUUAUAGAUAAUAUAGAACGACUUGGCAUCUCGUAUCACUUUGGCGACAAGAUUGAAGACCAACUACAAGAAUAUUAUGAUGCUUACACCAACUUUGAGAAGCAUGCAGAGUGUGAUUUAUCGAUUGCAGCACUUCAAUUCAGACUGUUCAGGCAACAUGGUUUCAAUAUAUCUUGUGGCAUCUUUGAUGGGUUCCUUGAUGCUAAUGGUAAGUUUAAGGAAUCUUUAUGCAAUGACAUAAAGGGUCUCCUAAGUCUUUAUGAAGCUGCUCAUGUCAGAACACAUGGUGAUAAAAUUUUAGAAGAAGCCCUUUUUUUCACAACUACUCAUCUGACACGGGAAAUUCCCAAUGUGGGUUCUACUCUUGCAAAAAAAGUGAAACAUGCCCUUGAGCAGCCAUUGCAUAAGGGCAUCCCAAGAUAUGAGGCUUAUUGUUAUAUCUCCAUGUAUGAAGAAGAUGAGUCUAGUAACAGGUUGCUGCUAAGGCUUGCCAAAUUGGAUUACCACUUGUUGCACAUGUUGUAUAAAGAAGACCUUUCUGAGAUAAUCAGGUGGGGGAAGGAAUUGGACAUCAUAUCGAAGGUUAAAUACGCAAGGGACAGAAUUGUGGAGUGCUACUUUUGGGCUGUUGGAGCCUAUUAUGAACCUCAAUAUUCUCUUGCUCGAAUGACUUUGACAAAAGCAAUAGUCUUUGCUGGACUGAUUGAUGAUACCUAUGAUGCGUAUGGCACCCUAGAUGAACUCAAAAUUUUUACGGAAGCUGUAGAAAGGUGGGACAGCAGUGGAAUCGAUCAACUCUCAGACUACAUGAAGGCAGCCUACACUUUGCUUCUGAAUUUUAAUAAAGAGCUUGAGGAAGAUUUAGCUAAAAAGAAGAGAACCUUUGCAUUCGACAAGUAUAUAGAAGAAGUACGCAAUGGAAUGGUCACAAGCGGAUACUAUUUAGUGUCAGCAGCAGCUUUCUUGGGCGUGGAUAGUGCCUCAGAGGAUGUUAUCAACUGGAUGUCAACUAAUCCCAAAUUCUUUGUUGCGUUGACAACACAUGCCAGGUUGACUAAUGAUGUUAGCAGUCACAAGUUCGAGAAAGAAAGGGGCAGUGGUACAGCAAUUGAAUGCUACAUGAAAGAUUAUAAUGUGUCGGAGGAAGAGGCAAUGGAGAAGUUCGAAGAGAUGUGUGAGGACACUUGGAAGGUUAUGAAUGAGGAAUGCUUAAGGUCCACUACAAUUCCAAGAGAAAUUCUCAAAGUGAUUCUCAAUCUAGCACGAACCUGCGAAAUUGUUUACAAGCACCGUGGAGAUGGAUUCACUGAUCAACGUAGAAUUGAAGCCCAUAUAAAGGCAAUGCUUAUGGACUCCAUGUCUAUUUGA